AUGGCUGCGACUGAGCGCCAAGACGAAGGCGUCGCCAAGAACGCGAACACCUUCCAGAGCGACGCAGAAGAUGAGUCUUCAAAAGAUGCCCGGGUCUUGGAAAACCUAGGCUACAAGCCGGUGCUGCACCGGACAUUCAACACGUUCCACAACUUUGCGACAACGUUCGCUGCCCUCUACUUCAUUGGUGGAGUCCGAGUGACAUUCUCUACCGGCAUUGCUGCUGGAGGUAACCUGGCUUACUGGACGAGUUUCAUCGUAACUUGCGUCUUUACCUUCAUCACUGCCGCAGUCAUUGCAGAGAUCUGCUCCUCUCUACCCUUGGCGGGAUCCAUCUACUUAUGGGCUGCUGAAGCUGGCGGACCCCGAUUUGGCAGAUUCUUCGGCUUCAUCGUUGCAUGGUGGAGUACCACAGCAUGGACAACUUUCUGUGCGAGCAACACACAAGCCGCUGUGAACUACAUGCUUUCGGAGAUUGUUGUCUUCAAUCUCGACUUUCCUUCUGACUCCUCAAGCGUCAAAUUUCGCGCUGUUCAAUGGAUCACUACAGAGGUCAUGCUGGCCUUGGCUGCCAUCUGGAACCUCCUGCCUCCCCGCUACUUUAAAUGGAUCUUCUACUUGUCGACCGGGUUCGUGUUGCUGGACUUUGUUCUAAACAUGGUCUGGCUACCGGUCGCGACAAGCAAGAGCGAGUACGGCUUCCGAUCUGCCCAUGAUGCUUUCAUGACCACCUACAACGGGACCGGCGCUCCGGCCGGUUGGAAUUGGUGUCUCUCGUAUCUCGCUACUGCCGGUAUUCUCAUCGGAUUCGACGCGUCGGGGCACGUUGCGGAGGAGACCAAGAAUGCAAGCGUCGCUGCCGCUCGCGGCAUCUUUUGGAGUACCGUGGUCAGCGGGAUUGGCGGCUUUGUUGUCGUGAUAUUAUUUCUGUUCUGCGUUCCUGAUGCGGACACCCUUUUCUCUUUUGGCGGCGCCCAGCCAUUUGUACCAUUGUAUGCAGCCAUUCUCGGAGAGGGAGGCCACAUUUUCAUGAACAUCGUUUGCAUUGUCGCACUGUGGUUUAACACUGCGAUUGCAAUUCUGGCGGCGUCGCGUCUGGUGUUCGCCGUGGCACGAGACGGAGUUCUCCCUUGGUCUCCUUGGGUUGCCAAAGUUGUCGAUGGCCAACCCCGAAACGCCGUCUUGGUCGUCUGGGGUGUGGCCUCUGUCAUCACCUGCACGAUUCUUCCGUCAUCAGUGGCCUUUACUUCCCUGGUCUCGGCUGCGGGUGUUCCUUCAGCCGCAGCUUACGGUCUGAUCUGCCUUUGUCGCCUUUUCCUGACACCAAAGCAAUUCCCGAAGCCCGCUUGGAGUCUCGGACGCCUGAGCAAGCCUUUCCAGGCAAUUGCUGUCUUGUGGAACGGCUGGGUCGUUGCUGUGCUGUUCUCGCCCUAUGCUUUUCCGGUUGAGGCAUCGACACUCAACUAUGCUCCGGUCAUCAUGGGCAUCGUCACAAUCUUCGCUAUUCUUUCUUGGUGGUUCAUUCCUGCAGAAAGAUGGCUACCGUCUCAAAGAAUCCAGGAGACGUUGCUUGCGGGAGAACGUCCGGUUGAAGAGUAA